AGGAGUGCCGGAGUAGCAGAGCAGCGGGGAAGUCUCCAGUGGAGGAGCCUGGCACAGACGGACAGGAGGGAGAGACAGGCAGGAAACACGGGUUGACAGCCUCGGAGGCAGCCUUCAACCGCGGCUGAGACUCCGCUCCGUCACGAGGCGUCAUUUCAAGCUUCAGCACGAGCCGAAAAACUGGAGAGGAUAUCUGACCGGCCUGUUUCCACCCUCCCUCCUCUUCGUUUACACAGAGCUUCUUUCACAACCGCGGGGGUCACACCGCCACAGCCGCAGUGAUCCCAUCAUCCCAGGCUUUGUGUUUUUUUCUUGCUGCCUUCGUCUGAAGGGACGCUCUGCUGAUUGCUGCUUCAGAACUGAGCCUGUGGAUCACUGAGUGUUGGAAAGGCCUUGAUCACAGCUUUGUCAACGCCGUCACAUCCUGAAACAAAGAAGAGCUGCAGCAGAAAACUGACAGGAGUUGAAUUCUUCUCUCCUUUUCAUUUUGAUUGGAAUAUAAUUUUUGUUUUAAAUUUGAGUUUUCUUUUUGGUCAGUGAAGUGUUUUUGUUUUGGUACGCGCCGCGCCCUCAGCCGCCAUGUACGGAAGUUCUCGUUCUGUCUCGAAGCUGGACGUGGUGGGGUCCAACGGUAACGGGUCAGCGUCCGGGAGCCCCGGGCGCUCGCCUCGCCUCUCCCGCUCGCCACGUUUAGGACACCGGCGGAACAGCAGCAGCAACUCCACCGGCGGACUCACCGGCACCGGUAAAACUCUGUCCAUGGAGAACAUUCAGUCUCUGAACGCGGCCUACGCCACGGGCGGGCCCAUGUACUUCACCGACUCGGCCGAAGACCCCAUUGGGAUCGGGAGCGUCGGCAGCGGGCUGAACCCCACGGCGCCCAAGGGCAGCAUGACCCUGGGCAGAGCCGGGACCCGGGUCCCCUACGGGGUCAGGGCGGCGGUGAUGGGCAGCAGUCCCAACAUAAACACAGGUGGGUGCGGUGGGGCCGUCAUUCCUUGCGACUCCAUCGCCUUUGGUGGGGAUCUGCAGAACCAGACUCAGCAGGCGGCUACCGUUCCUCACUCCAUGAGACAGCUGGAGGCCAAAGAGUCCAAGCUGAGCUCCUCCAUGAACUCCAUCAAGACUUUUUGGAGUCCGGAGCUGAAGAAGGAGCGAGCGCUGAGGAAGGAUGAAGGCACAAAGAUGUCUGUGUGGAAGGAGCAAUACAAGGUGGUGCAGGAGGAAACACAGCACCUUCAGUGCACCAUCCAGGCUCUGCAGGACGAGCUCAGAAUCCAGCGCGAUCUCAACCAGCUCUUCCAGUCCGAYUACUCCGAGUCCGGUCGCCUCGGAGUCCAGCCCCUUCCUCCCCAGGAGAUGACAGAGGAGAACUUCCUGCGCCUCCACAGCGAGUUCGAGCGGCAAGCCAAGGAGCUCUUCCUCCUGAGGAAGACUGUGGAAGAGAUGGAGCUGAGGAUAGACACGCAGAAACACACGUUAACUGCCAGGGACGAGUCAAUAAAGAAGCUGCUGGAGAUGCUGCAGAGCAAAGGCCUGUCGUCACGGGCAGCGGAGGAGGACCACGAGCGAACGAGGCGACUGGCCGACGCGGAGAUGACCAUCCACCAGCUGGAGGGCCUGCUGGAGCAGAAAGAUAAAGAGAUGCUUCAGCUUCGAGAGGAGCUGCACAGGAGGUACGAAGCAGCUCCGGAGUCGACGAAGACCAAGGCUCUGCAGACCGUCAUCGAAAUGAAGGAUGCAAAGAUCAGCUCGAUGGAGCGGGGCAUGAGGGAGCUGGAGGAGGAGGUGAUGAUGCUCAAAUCUAACGGCGCUCUGAGCAGCGAGGAGCGGGAGGAGGAGAUCAAACAGAUGGAGGUCUACAGAUCCCACUCCAAGUUCAUGAAGAACAAGGUUGAGCAGCUGAAAGAAGAGCUAACUCUCAGCCAAUCAGAGAAGGAGGAGCUAAGGCAACGAGCCAAUGAGCUGCAGAAGGAGGUGUCUGCAAUGGAACAGGCAAAGCAGGAGCUGAGUCGUAAAGACAGCGAGCUGCUGGCUCUCAGAACCAAACUGGACACUCUGAACAAUCAGUUUUCUGACAGCAAACAACACGUCGACGUCCUCAAGGAGUCACUCACUGCCAAGGAACAGAGAGCUGCCAUCCUGCAGACCGAGGUGGAUGCCUUACGUCUUCGCCUGGAGGAGAAGGAGUCUCUUCUGUCGAAAAAGAGCCAGCAGAUAUCUGAGCUGACGGAGGAGAAAAGCACUCAGCAAGGAGAGAUCACUGAUCUUAAAGACAUGCUGGACGUCAAGGAACGCAAAGUCAAUGUGCUGCAGAAAAAGAUCGAGAACCUCCAGGAUCAGCUGAGGGAUAAGGAGAAGCAGCUGAGCGGACUGAAGGACCGAGUCAAGUCGCUGCAGACGGACACGUCGAACACAGACACCGCUCUGGGAACGCUGGAGGAAGCUCUGGCCGAGAAGGAGCGAAUCAUCGAGCGGCUGAAGGAUCAGCGGGAGCGGGAAGAGAGGGAAAAAACAGACGAGGUGGAGUCCACCAAGAAGGAGCUGAAAGAGCUGAGAGAGAAAGUGUCUCAGCUGCAGGCUGAGCUGGCUGAUCGAGAGACUUCAGUUUUGGACCUGAAAGAGAAAGCUUCCUCCCUGGCAUCCUCAACUCUGAAGAAGGAGAACAGGCUGAAAAGUUUAGAGAUCAGCCUGGAGCAGAAGAAAGAGGAGUGUAACAAACUGGACAACCAACUCAAGAAGGCUCAGAGCGCAGCGGCGGAGUCGCAGGCCAACGCUGAACUGUCCGAACGCAUCGCCUGCCUGGAGCAGGAAGUGAGCCAGUACAAGGAGGAUGCCGGGAAGGCCCAGUCCGAGGUGGAGCGGCUUCUGGAGAUCCUCAGGGAGAUGGAGAACGAAAAGAAUGACAAGGAGAAAAAGAUCCACGAGCUGGAGAGUCUUGCCUCAAGACAGAUGAAGGACCAAUCAAAGAAGGUGGCCAACCUGAAGCACAAGGAGCAGCUGGAAAAGAGCCGAAACGCUCAGCUGAUGGAGGAGGCCAAGAAGCGGGAGGACAACCUGAACGAAAGCUCCCAGCAGAUUAAGGACUCGCUCCGUCAGAAGGAGGAGCGCAUCGAGGAGCUGGAGGAGGCGCUGCGGGAAAGCGUCCAGAUCACGGCGGAGAGGGAGGUGGUGUUGGCCCAGGAGGAGCAGGCACGCACGCAGUCCGAAAAACAGCUCUCUCACAUUCCAAUUCAUGAAUUCACCACAAGCGGAUUUAGGUGGUCAAAGGUGGAGGACCUGCUGCUCGCCAUGGAGAAGGUGAAACAGGAACUGGAGGUGAUGAAAGCCAAACUGUCAUCAACUCAACUCUCACUGGCUGAGAAGGAAGGUCACCUGACCGCCCUGCGAGCCGAGAGGCGGAAGCACCUGGAGGAGGUCCUAGAGAUGAAGCAAGAGGCACUGCUGGCUGCUAUCAGCGAGAAAGAUGCUAACAUCGCCCUGUUAGAGCUCUCCUCGUCCAAAAAGAAGAAAACCCAAGACGAGGURUCCGCUCUGAAGAGGGAGAAGGACAGCCUGGUUCAGCAGCUCAAACAGCAGACACAGAACAGGAUGAAGCUGAUGGCAGACAACUACGAGGACGACCAUCUAAAGGUGGCAUCUCCAAACACUGAGCAACCAAACAAUCACAAGCCCUCCCCAGAUCAGAUUCUUUCUCCUCUCCUGGAUCUCAAUCAGAAUCGCAAUAAACUGAAGCUGUACAUAAGUCACCUGACGUCACUGUGUCAGGAGCGAGACCCAAUCAUACUUCAGGACUUUGCCCCGCCCCCUGCCUAUCACCGCUCUGACUCCGCCUCCUGGAAUACAGAGCUGCAAAGCAUGACGCAGGAACAGUUGGAGGCGGAGUUAGCGUUGUGUGAGAGGGAGGGGGCGGAGCUCCAGGAGUACGCCAACCAGGUCCUGCAGCAGAUCGCUGACCGAUGCCCUGACAUUUUGGAACAAGUUGUCAACGCCUUGGAGGACAGCUGCUGACCGGACUCACACACACACACACACACACACACACACACACACACACACACACACACACACACACACACACACACACNCACACACACACACACACACACACACACACACACACACACACACACAAAAAUCUGCUCGGUGCCACAAACCUCCACAGAGAGAAUCAUCUUAAAUUCAGGAGGACAGUGGGCGCCGGCUCCUUUUUAAAGCUCGACUUGCACGUUGUUGCCACAUUUUUUUAUUUGAUUCCUUCACUGUGUGGCUAUUUCAGCUGCCUUCGACUCUUUACAUCACUUGCUGCUAUCUUUUUAACUUCAGCCCCUCUUUUUUCUUUUGUUUUCCUUCGUCUUCUGCUGUCUGAUUAAUUUAUUUUUUUUCCAGAUUAUUGUCAAUAACACAAAAUGAUUUAUUAAAAAGCUUUCAGCAGGGAGACAUGACGCUUUAGCCCAUCAGUUUUUUUAAAUUAUCCAUAAGAAAAGGCACAAGCGACUCUAAAUCUCGCACUAAACCUUUAUGAAAACACAUUUUUAGAUGUGCUGUAGAAGGUUUUUGGUUGUAGACGUGGUUAAAACUGAACUCCCCCGUCUCUGAAAAAGUUUCUUUAUCUUUUUUUUUUCAUGUUAGAUUGAGAGAAUAUACAAUAAAUGUUAUAUAAAUAGAAAUAUAUUUUAUUCUUGUUAUAAAAUUCUACAUAAAAUUGAUUAGAUUGCAACAUAAAGUGUCAUCUGUUUUUUUGUUUUGUUUAUGAAUUAUAGCAGAUUAUGUUUUAUUUGUUACACUAAGGUUACGUUUUGUGUCCGCCAGGAACACUAGGUCAUGUUUUUGGUUUCCUCCUCAUCACUUWAAGUGUUUAAACACUAAAGGUUCUGAUUAUUUCAACUUAAAGUAACAUUUUUUCCUUCUCUUAUCUAAUUGGGCACUCAAACUGCUCAAAAAAAUUUAGUCCCCCGCCCCCUUUUUUUUUCUUCCACAGGUCAAAACCAAAAUGAGGGCUUUGAUUUUGUGCGCAGGCAUUCAAAAUAAAAGAUUUAAUGGUCCCGCAGAGGUUAUGGACACCUUGAAAGACAGUGUUUAACUUUAGAAAGAAAACCCCGUCAGGUUGUAAAUUCAGCUUCCUGUUGUCUGUUUUCUACCGAUGCUGUUCGUCGCUGACCGUGAUGAUGAAGAACUUGUGGAUUCAAAAAAAAAAGAGAAUGAAUAAAAUAUGCAUUUAUCUUAAA